CAACUAGUUUUGUCAGAUAUGGGGAAGCGCUUCUCCAGCAUAUUUCUUCUCAUGGUGAUUUUGGUGACAUGUGAAACGCUAGCAGCAAAAACAGGAGGAAAAAAGUCAUCCGGUUUGAAAAAUCAUAGCUCAAAGAGUGCUAAAAGACAAACCAUCAUCUCAUGCUGUGGAGCAACUCCCUGUUCUGAAACUCAUGUCACAAGAAUGUUGACUAGUUCAAGCUCACUGAAGAAAGAUAAUUCCACUUUGUCUACUACAACAUCGCCACUGCCUACUGAAACGAUUACUGAAAAAGAUACUGGGGUAGCUGAAACGACAAGCGAAGAGCCAGCGUCGGAAACAAGUUUAGAAUCCACGUCGACCACCAGUACAACAACAUCUACGUCAACAGCCACAACUACUACAACUCCAACGUCCACAACCACCACUACAACUCCAACGUCUACAACAACAACAACUAGGCCGCCAACAAAGGAGGAGCUGUUGCUUGGAACGUGCGAAACCACAUUUGAAAAAAACCAAACUCUAUUCACUAAAGAUGGAAUUCUAAAAGACCCUGAAUCACAAGGAUUUUGGGUGCAAUCGUGCGGCCAACAGUUUCUCUUUGGAAAAUCUUUAGCUACUUGGCGGGAAAAUUUUAUAAAAUGCUAUAAAAUCGGUAUGGAACCCAUAACUUUCGAAAAUGCGACAAAAUUAGAAUGCUUCUCUAAACUUGUUUCCAAGUGGAAGUACAGUUCAAACUACUGGACUUCCAGUUUGAGGGUGAACGAAAGUGACUUUUCGUGGUGCACCAAGGACGGGUCGUUCGCCGUGGACAAAGCGAAAUUGCCCUGGGCGGCAGGUCAGCCCCAAAAUGUCAACAAUUCUGAAAACUGCGUGCACCUCAACAUUGAAAAAUCAAACGCUACUUUCUCAUUCACGGAUAGAAUGUGCACCGACCAGCUAAUAUUUGGUUGCCAAGGGCCUCCAACUCCAGCACCACCAUGCUCAAUGCCCACAUGUCCAAAUAUAACUUGCACUAAAAACACUGCGUUCUAUACAACAUCUGGAAGUUCUCAAUACUUGACUCUUCCAAGUUCGCACGGAAGUUGGUUUACCUAUAACGGCAGAUCAUUUCUCUUCAGCACCAUAAAUAAGACUGAAACUUAUACUGGUGCGAUGCAGGCGUGUUGUGGAAUUGGAAUGACUUUACUGAGUUUAGAGUACGACUAUAAAUACAAAUCGUUAAUCGCAGCAAUUAAAGACAAUUCAAAUUUGAGUGAUUAUUACUGGACGUCCGGCAGUGACCGCGACUGCGAGUCGAAUUUUGGUUAUUGCACGGCAAAGAGAAGUUUGCGCCAAGAAGCGGUCUGGGCUUCUGGUCAACCAGAUAAUGCUGACGGAAACGAGAGCGCCGUUGUGGUUUUUGUCAAUCAGAACAACGCUCAGUUAUACGACUUCAACGAGGAGUCCAAAUUCAGAUACAUUUGCGAGGCAAGAGAUACGUCGAAAUCAAAGUCUGGUGGAACUGCUGUGAGAGAUGAGUGCGCUGCAAUUUACAACGUCAGCCAGGCUGAAAUUGACACUUUAUUGAAUCCCUCCGUUCCAAAGGAUUUAAGAAUGAAGUGCUUCAUUAAAUGCCUUGGAGAGAAUUCAAACCUUAUGGUCAAUGGAAAGUUUUUGGAGAACGAGGUUUUCGCUAUUUUAGAGAAGCUGGCAGCCGGAAAUGUGACUGAGUUGCAAAAUAACAUGGGAAUUAUGAACGACUGCGGAACCUCGAGUGCUGGCAUGGACGAGUGCGACAAAGCAUCUCAAAUGAUGAAGUGCAGCAGCGAGAAAGCGCCCGAGGUUGUGAACGGCAUCGUUUCUGCCAUGGAUCAGGCGAUGCCAAUUGCGCCAGCUCCUUUGCCACCUGCAGCGGUUUGUAGUUACGGCCCUUUUCCAUGCAAUGUUUCUUCGAAUCUUGCUCAGGAAGUGAUGAAUUGUACUGGAAAUUGCACAACAACUAACGGAUAUGUGCGUGAUUUGUGUGGCAAGAAAUACUUCUUCAUAAACGCCCAGGUGACAUUAGACCAGGCAUAUAUCAUGUGCUGUCAGUUUGGAAUGAAACUAGCCUCCAUUGAAUCUGUUGACGAAAUCACCUGCCUUACAAGUGCAAAUACCCCUACAACAGGUAUUUGGAAUUGGAUUGCGGCGAGCAAGGUCAACGGCACCAUCCCUUGCUGGUGCACUUCGAACGUCCCUUUUUCUUACGAUGGAUACGCUUCUGUUGGAGAAAACACUAGUAAUCCUCCUUAUGACUCGUAUGUCAUAAUCCCAAAUACCAAGGCUUUUAGCGUUACCAAUUACAAUAGCGUACGCUAUCCAAUGUGCAAAUCGCUUUAAUAAAGAAAUCUUAAA